GUUAGGAGAUGGUCUCCUGAUAGAUUGACUCUGGAACUUGGAGCAGGUCACUCCUUCAUCUCAGCUGACAAGAAAAGCUAGUUUGUAGUGCUGAGUUGGGGCUCAUUUUGGCUGCCUGCAAUCCACAAUGAUGUUUCAUAUCCCGCUUGUUUUAUGGGUAGUCUCUCUAUCUUACACAGUUCUCGCACUUCGGGUCUGUCCCAGACCACCUGCAAUUCCAUUGGCUACUGUUGACAAAAACAAGGAAGAAUAUGAGCUGGGAGAGGUGAUUACAUACAUUUGCAAUCCUGGGUAUGUUCCUCAUACAGGCUCAAGGAGAUAUACAUGCCCUUUGACUGGUAAAUGGCCUAUUAUUACACUCAGAUGUAUACCAAGGAAAUGUUUUUACCCUGGGCCUUUGAAAAAUGGAAACAUACUUGGUGCAGACUUAGACUAUCAGAGUACUGUAAUCUUUUCCUGUGAACCUGGGUAUAUUCUUAAUGGAACUAAUACCAGCCAAUGUCUGGCAGAUGGACAAUGGAGUCGACAGCUACCUGAAUGCCAACCUGUGAUUUGUCCUCCACCUCCUAUUUCUGAAUUUGGAGCCCUCUCUUACCAUAGAUUUAAGCCUGGAAACAUGUCUGUUUUCCAAGAUAUGAUCAAGUUUGAAUGUCAGUUGCCUUUGGCAUUAAUUGGAAAUGAAAUGGCUACAUGUCUGGCCACUGGAAACUGGAGUGAGAUACCAGAAUGCAGAAAAGUGAUAUGUCCAUAUCCAGAAGAAAUACAAAAUGGAUUCAUAAACUUUGCUGUUCGCAGAACUUAUCAGUAUAAAGACAGAGUGAGCUAUGGUUGCAAUCCUACUUAUGUGAUGAAUGGACCUGUAGAGUCUACAUGUGAAAAAACAGGAAACUGGUCAAUAAAACCAACUUGCAAAGAACCAUGUAAAAUACCAGUUAAAAAAGCUACAGUGUUAUACAAUCAGCAGAAAGUAAAAGUGCAAGACCAUCUCCAAGAAGGGAUACAGCAUGCUGAGACCAUCUGGUUCUUCUGCCAAAAUAAAGACCUGCACUGCAGUUACACUGAAUCUGCUCAGUGCAUAAAUGGCAAUCUCACAGUCCCUGCCUGUUUCAAAGAACGCGGGUGGUUUGCAAGAACGUUUAAGACAGAUGUCGCAGACAUGACACCAUGUGAGAACUGAAAAGGAUGUAUCCUCAUGGCCUGUGAAGAGAACAUUUGUAUGGAGAAUCAAGAGUCCCACCUAGAGCACAAUUAUCUCUAAAGGAAGAACUGCCCUGCCAGACUGUUCUUACUCUACUGAUUUUAUGACAAAGCUUCAGUUAGCAGAAAAAUUCAACAUGUAAAGUGUUUAAAUUAUAAAAUUACAAUACUUAAGAGCAUCUGUAAACUCAUCUACGAAUUCUCAAUAUCUGUCACUUUAAAUAAUAUUUGAUAGUUUGAUGAUUAGAGUUUUAGCAUAGAUAUUGGGCAUACU